AUGUUCAGUGAUAUAGGAGACAACCAAUUGGAUGAGCUUGUUCAAACUGCUUCAAGCCAGCAUCCUGGAAUGGGUAUAAGAAUGCUCAAAGGUUAUUUACAAAGCAAAGGGUUUCGCAUUCAGCGAGAAAGAAUAAGAUUGUCCUUGUUGCGAACAGAUCCCAUUGGUAUUAUGGAGAGAUGGAGAAGCACCACCAGGAGGCGACAUUACAAUGUUAGGUAUCCACUCUCACUAUUGCACAUAGAUGGGAACCAUAAGCUGAUAAGGUACUGAUAAAGAUACCUGUUGUACAGUGUACAUUGUCAUAGCUUCCCCCUGUGAUCUUGUGCGUGGGACUAUGAGUAAGGCAUGGGUCGCACUUGGGAAAAGUUUUCAUCUUUGCCGGCUAAAAAACCACAAAAAUUCGAAACCGCAACCGGAAAAGAAAACUUUUAGUCCAACCGAGGAGGGUCGCAUUAGUGGGAGUUAAUAGUUUUUGCUUUGACACAUUGAGAACUUAAGAACGCCAGAUACCAGAAAACAUUUUUCUCUUCUUCGUCCGCACCUCUGUCGAAGGAUCUUUUUCCUCCAUUCCCAGUUUCAGGAGGAUGGGACAGAUAAAGAAGACCGGAAAGUGCUUGGAUGCGAAUAGUACAUUUGGCUUGGAGAAUAACAAACCUGUGAAGUGUUUGCUUGUGCAGACGGGAACUGGUUCGCCUUCAAUAGAGCUCGUUCCCGUAAAAACCUUAAAAUAGCGAAGGUUUAUAAGCGAGUGAAGUCCUUGCCUGUAGAGAGUUUUCGAAAAAAACUUGAAAUGGCGAAGGAUAGCCGAGUAAAAGCCUCUUCGCGAAGGUCUGAAAAUUCGACCGCGUUUAUUUUAAAUUGAUCGUGUUUCAAAUGGAUCACGUUCAUGACAAGGGGCUGACAGUUACCGCUGUGAUUCCUAUUGUUUAGCUCGAGUUUUCCAAAAUCUGCCUGCCCCACCCAAGCACUACGGCGUCUUUGAUGUUUUUGCCGAUUUUCAAAGUUUUUCCUAACUUGAAAACUCGGGGUCGCACUUAGCAAUGUCCACCGAUGACAGAUUUCUACCGCAAGGUAAACAAAUUCUCGCAAAAAUUUGCCAAGUGCGACCCAUGCCUAACUGUCAUGUACUAUUGUCCAAGCUAAGUUAAACACAAUCAAACUUCUGCUACUGGAUACCUCAUGUAAACAUACACACCUUGACUGAACCAAAAAGAAAACACUAAACUGUGGCCACAACACCAGUUAAUGCAAGACUUUUUAAACUGUGUUUUAGCUACAAUUGAAGACAUUGAUCAUGAUGGAUAACUGUUUCCCUGUCCCCAUCUUUUUUAACCCCUUGCAGGUAACACCAGACAUGAUAAGGUUGCCCUAACAGGAGCUUAUAUUUUUUGUUUGUCACUCUUGUAUGUAAAUUACGGGGCUUUUUUAACAGAUGGAGAAUUGUUAUACAUGGAGGAAUCGAUGGCUUUUCUCGAAUCCCAGUCUAUUUCAAGGCCUCAAAUGACAACAAAGCAAGCACUGUUCUUUCAUGUUUUCGUGAAGCUGUGUCAGAGUACGGCCUUCCAUCUCAGGUCCGCUCUGACAAAGGAGGGGAGAACGUAGAUGUAGCAACCCAUAUGCUUACUCACAUCCAGCGAGGGCCAGGCAGGGGAAGUAUGAUAACAGGUACAGAGUACUGAAUCAUUAUUCCUUAGGUUAGACUAUGAGUAGUCCCCAUUUUUCCUCAGGAAUAGUACAGCGCAUCUCCCCGCCGCGUCUCUCCUUUCUUGCGUGGGAUGAUUUUUAUGCAUGCUCGUGUGUCACUCACUCUACUAUCCGUUAAGAAAAAAGGGGACUAUUUGUAAUCUAUCUUUCCUUAGCUAGAUGACCUUUUCUGGGUUUGUAAUAGAUGGAAUCUUUAAUUCAGGCUAUACUUUAAGAUCCUGAAUAGGUUUUAACAAAGGAUGCUACAUUUUAUAUAAUGAAAUAGGUACUUAUGGGAUCAUGAACUAAUCUUGAGGAUUUCUAGGCAAGGAGAAAUGAUGCUGUAUGAAUAGUAUUAUAUUACUAUUAAUAACUCACAAGUUUCAUUAAAUUAGUUUAAGGGGCACUGUUUUCAUGAAUGCUUAUGUGUGUUGUUAAGAAUGAGCGUGGUGAUUGCCAUGCUCCCAAAUCAGGUUGUAACUUGUUUUAAGUAUGAUGGCAAUUGAAGAAACUAUCAAGCCCGGAAGGAAUCAAUAGACUAUGAAACAAUUCUUUCUUUUCUCCUUUUCUUUCCUUUUUUUUUUUUUUUUUUUGGGGGGGGGGGGGAGUAUUUGACACUGAUUGUUAGAUAAUGUUUAACAGUUAAUUAAGUAAACUAAAAUUUUAUUAAUCUAUAAAAUUAUAUUCUUUGCAAUCACUAGGAAGGAGCACACACAAUCAAAGGAUUGAACGACUUUGGAGAGACUUAUAUGAGGGCUGCCUUAGCCUCUUCUAUGAACUCUUCUAUACCCUAGAAAACCAGGAUGUGUUAAAUGAUUGUCACCUCUGGUGCCUAAAUUACGUGUUCCUGCCUAUCAUCAACAGACAUCUGAGUAAUUGGAAAGAUGCAUGGGUUCACCAUCCAUUACGUACAGAAAGAAACAGAACGCCCAUGCAGUUAUGGAUUAGUGGACUGCAAGAGGCAUGGGGAUUUCUUGGUCCUGAAGGUGAAGUGUUCCAGGUAUGUAACAUGUUUGGUUUCAUUUAAUCAGCAUUACUUGUGUCAAAUGUAAUAAAUAAUAAUUAUGAUCACCAAUCUCUAUCCUCAGGCCAGCAUUGCAAGAAAUUGGGGGUUUAUGCUUUGGCAGCACAUAUGUAACAAAUUGCUUACAAUAAUCCUUUUUUUUAGGGCGAUUAUAGCAACUAUGGGAUUGAUUGGCAAGGUCCUGUCCCAGAACAAUACCCUGAUUAUGUUGAAGUUCCGGACACAAACUGCCCAUUCACUGAGGAGGAAAUGCAUCUCCUACCUGUAACAGACAAUUUAACAUAUUUAGAGGGGGUUGAAGCAAUUAAU